CCGAGCAUGCGUAAUACAGAAUAACAAUCAAGAUGGCUGGACAUGGCGAAGUAGACGAACUUUUUGACAUAAAAACUGCUCUGUAUAUCGGAAAUUACCAACAUUGUGUUAAUGAAGCACAGAAAUUAAAGAUACGAGAUGGUGAGCUGAAGACACAGAGAGAUGUGAUAAUGUACCGAGCUUACAUCGCUCAGAGAAAAUAUGGAGUGGUGUUAGAUGAAAUUAAUAGUUCUAAACCUGCCGAGCUUCAGGCUGUAAAAAUGUUUGCUGAUUAUCUUUCUAGUGAUAGUCGAAGAGAAAGUAUCGUGAAAUCUAUAGACAGUAAGAUGACAGGAAGUGUUGAUAUUUCUAACAACACUUUUCUUCUAAUGGCCGCUUCUAUUUACUAUCAUGAACAGAAUAGUGAUGCUGCCCUUAGAUCUCUUCAUCAGUCUGAUAAUCUAGAAUGUAUUUCACUAAUGAUACAGAUUUUACUGAAGUUAGACCGAGUAGAUCUUGCUAAAAAAGAGUUAAAGAGAAUGCAGGAGAUUGAUGAAGAUUCUAUUUUAACUCAGUUAGCUCAGGCUUGGUUUAAUUUAUCAGUGGGAGGAGAUAAAAAUCAAGAUGCGUAUUAUAUAUUUCAAGAACAAGCUGAUAAACACGCCUCUACCCCGUUAUUACUCAACGGUCAGGCUGCGUGUUAUAUAGCCCAGGGUAAACUAGAUGAUGCUGAAACAGUUCUACAAGAAGCUUUAGACAAGGACAGUAAUAAUCCUGAAACUCUGGUGAAUUUAAUAGUUUUAACACAACAUCUUGGUAAACCCCCAGAGGUCAGUAAUAGAUAUAUAUCUCAGAUGAAAGAUUCUCAUAGAAGUCAUCCAUUUAUUAAAGAUUAUAUACUAAAGGAGAGUGAGUUUGAUAGAAUUGCCAGGAAUUAUGCUCCGUCUGUGUCUGCCUAAUCUAACUUCAUCUUGUCACACUUUGUACGAUUAACUAUAAAAUGAACAUCUGAAACAUCAACAACUACAGAUAUAAGAACCCACAACCACAAUGACUUCAAAUUGUAACACUUUAAAAGAUGAUGGUUCUAUAGCCAGUCCUCAAAAAUGAAUCUAUGUUUUGACAUUUCCUGGGUGUGCAUUAAUAUCAGGCCACAUAUUUUCGAAUUGAUUUUAUUACUAGGUUAUCCUAGAAACAGUGUUAUAAGUUAAGACAUCCUAGUGCCAAGAUCCUUUUGAGAAUACACAGCCUGAUCUAUUUUAUCAAGGUCAGAUAAUUGAAUUUUUAGCUUUUUCAGUGACUUUUGAUGACGUAUCGGUUGGUUGACAUCCAUUUCAUUACAGGAAUAGUCAUUGGGAAACUGGGGAAUAUUUGUUGAAGCCCUGGGGCUGAUGUGUUGAAUUAUGAAAAUGACUAAAAUUGUAAAUAUUGUAUCAAUGUUGAGGGAACAAUCAUUCUAUUGUAAUAUUUAUCAUUAAAAAUAUCCAAGUAUC